AUGGCCAGAGAAGGCAGUCCUGUACCCAAGCGGCGACGCAAUCGAGUACCUGUGUCCUGCUGUAGUUGCAGAUCGCUGAAAACAAAAUGUGACGGCUCUAGGCCCGUAUGCUCGACCUGUGUCAACAAUGGACGAGAAUGUGUCUUCGUCCAGAAGGACACGGAAGCCAACUCUAACGGGAGUACCGGAAGUUACCUACGUGGGUUGGAAAAUCGCCUCGCUUUACUCGAACAGGCCGCUCUUGCCAAUGUGGAGUCUAGAACGAAAGGGAACCAGAAAAUCUCUAGCAGGGAGCAGGCUGCUAGUUCCGUUGAGGCUGUACAACCGGAGCCAGCAUCAUCAUCAGUAGCCAUCGAUGGGAAUUUGACGAUUGGGGGAACUUCGUUUACCCAGCUUCUCUUGGACAGUGUUUAUGGCCAUGGUGGUAUGAAAGCUCAAAGCGUGGAAACAGAUCCUGAAUCUCGAAUUCGGCCGCUUCAACUCACAGAAGAAGAACUAUAUGCGACGCCCGACAAUGCUGUCGAUAUCCUGAACCAGUACUUUACCACUCGACAUGGGCUCACGCCCGUGUUUCAUGCGCCCAGCGCUCUGUCAGCUUUCGUUGAAGCUUUGCGUUGCCCUGCACAAACUCGACGCCGCCAACCGCUCACCUUUGCUAUUAUCAACAUGAUCUUUGCUCUUUGCACCUCGCAUUGGGUAGUCAAUGUCCAAGACAAUUACCGCAAUGCGCAAAGACACUAUGAAAUAGCCAUGGCUCUGCUGCAACCGACCCUCUUGCGCGAGUGGCGUUUAGAGCAUGUACAGGCCUUGCUACUAGGUGCAAGAUAUCUCCAGACUACCAGCCGUGGAGAAGAAUGCUGGAAUGUACUCGGUCUCGCUAUAAGGACUGCCCAAGGCCUCUGCCUACACAGGGACCCGCCCGAAACUGAUACACCUCCCGUGCGAGAAACAAAGCGUCGGGUUUGGUAUGCAGCUUAUAUGCUUGACAUGCACUGGAGCAUGAUUUACCACCGUCCUCCUGCCACUCGAAGCGCCGACUUCUCCGUUUCUAUUCCCGAGGAUCUAGACGAUGAGUAUAUACGAGAUGACGGGGUCUUGUACCCCAUGCCUAGCCGACCAUCCAACAUGUCCUUCUUCAUCGAGAUGGUCAAGCUAUGCAGGAUAAUGGAGAAAGUCUUGUUACGGUUUGCUGAGGGCAUGGAGAAGAAAAGUGAUAUAGCAGAAAGCAUCAUGACCCUGGACGAGGAUUUCCAGAAAUGGCGUUGUCGCCUUCCAGCGCACCUCGCGCUGGAUAUCCAGAAGCCAAAAGAGCCACAAUGGAUCCUAGCACUGCGAGCGAACACGGUCCGAAUUUUGAUACAUCGCCUUUCGCUAAGCGAUGCCAUGCGUGUUUCAGGGGCAGCUCUGCGUAACCAAGGCUCAUUAGCCAGCCAGACACUACAACUGAGCCAGCAAACAUGUGUUAAUACAGCCAUGGAAUCCGUAGACAUUGUCGCGUUGAGAUAUGAGCAAACGAAGCAAUCUCUAGGACUCAACUGGUUUAACAUUUACUAUUUAUUCAAUGUUACCAUUGUCCUGGUGGCUUCUGUUAUCCACACAGCAAAUCAUCAAGGAACUCCUGCGUUAGCCAAGGUGGAACAGGCUCUGGAUAUGAUCAAGGAGAUGUCGAGCGAUCAUGCUUUCGCAAAGCGCGCAUCUAUCUUCCUUCAAGGCUUACUCCAGUGCAUGCAUCGAUCAUUGGAAUCGUUGAAUUCCCCGCACUCAAGCGCUGAUUCAGCUGUGUUUGCUAACAAUCAUCCACCUUCCUCGACAAGGGCAUCCAUGCCCAUGUCGUUACCGUUGCCGUUAACGACGGAAGCGUUUCCGGGUUUAUAUACGUUAUUUGGAUACACCAGUGACAUAGCCUCGGAUCUGGAGGCACAGCUGAACAGCUUCGAAUCCGGAACCCUUCCGGAAUCAGGGUGGGCGUUAGGCGAUCUUGUCUAA